AUGGAGUCCGCAGUGAGAAUAAAGAAAUGUUUGAAGACGCCCAUCAGGAAGUUGACUGGUUGUGUGACGGGAGCGAGGGAGAAGAGGCUGUGUGCCAAACGCAGGAGGAAGAGAGGCAGGGGUCACGGAGACACCAGCGUGUUUGGGAAAACCCCUCCUUGUCGAGGUCCAAAACCUAGAGAGCCGUCAGUCGUUCUGUCGUACCGGGCCGACCUGGAGAAAGAAAGGAAGCUGCGGGAGGCGGCGAACGCUCAGAAAAACGCACAGAGAGCAGCCAUGAGAGCUCACUUCAGGAGCAAAUAUCAGCUCGCUGAGGACCCAAAGGACACAAAUCACCUGAGGUCUGUUGGCGGUAAAGUCUGGCUCCCCCACGAGCUGUCGAAGAUUAUUCAUCCUGAAACCAAAGCCAAGGACGACGGCUUCAACCUGCUGAGCGCCUUCCAAGGCCUCAGCUUCAGCACGGCCGUGUUUACAGGGAGGAAACCCAGCAGGACGCCCACACCCACUUCAGGAGACUCUUGUAGAGUCAUGUGA